UCCUGGGGACAGGGGUCUGGGGACAGCGGUGCAAAGAGCCCCGCCCUGCAGCCUCCAGCUGUCCUGGUCUAAUGUGGAAAGUGGCCCAGGUGACGGCUUUGCUCUCCUGGAGACAUUUGCCCCCAGCUGUGAGCAGGGACAGGUCUGGCCACCGGGCCCCUGGUUAAGACUCUAAUGACCCGCUGGCCCUAAGGAAGAGGUGCUGACGACCAAGGAGAUCUUCCCACAGACCCAGCACCAGGGAAAUGGUCCGGAAAUUGCAGCCUCAGCCCCCAGCCAUCUGCCGACCCCCCCACCCCAGGCCCUAAUGGGCCAGGCGGCAGGGGUUGACAGGUAGGGGAGAUGGGCUCUGAGACUAUAAAGCCAGCGGGGGCCCAGCAGCCCUCAGCCCUCCAGGACAGGCUGCAUCAGAAGAGGCCAUCAAGCAGGUCUGUUCCAAGGGCCUUUGCGUCAGGUGGGCUCAGGGUUCCAGGGUGGCUGGACCCCAGGCCCCAGCUCUGCAGCAGGGAGGACGUGGCUGGGCUCUUGAAGCAUGUGGGGGUGAGCCCAGGGGCCCCAAGGCAGGGCACCUGGCCUUCAGCCGGCCUCAGCCCUGCCUGUCUCCCAGAUCACUGUCCUUCUGCCAUGGCCCUGUGGAUGCGCCUCCUGCCCCUGCUGGCGCUGCUGGCCCUCUGGGGACCUGACCCAGCCUCGGCCUUUGUGAACCAACACCUGUGCGGCUCCCACCUGGUGGAAGCUCUCUACCUAGUGUGCGGGGAACGAGGCUUCUUCUACACACCCAAGACCCGCCGGGAGGCAGAGGACCUGCAGGUGGGGCAGGUGGAGCUGGGCGGGGGCCCUGGUGCAGGCAGCCUGCAGCCCUUGGCCCUGGAGGGUUCCCUGCAGAAGCGUGGUAUCGUGGAACAAUGCUGUACCAGCAUCUGCUCCCUCUACCAGCUGGAGAACUACUGCAACUAGAUGGAAUAAAGCCCUUGA